AACUGAAACCGGAAGCAAUGUUUAAACUUUAAACAAAGCACACGUUCGCUGACCAAAAUGCUAUGGUGCGCACCCAGGAAACAGCUAAUCCUGGCAUUCGGUACUUGAAAGGGAGAAGAAGGAAUUCAAAAUAUUUAAAAGAGUUUCGCUUUGGAAUCAAAGAAGCCGGGUCAGUUUUGUUCCACACUUCCUUCUCUCUGACUCCUUUGAUUGUGAGAAAUCCAGCUUCUUAGCUCCUCUUUCCUCUGUGAUCAUCCCUCUGUGAAGAGUUUCUGUAUCUCUCAAAUCCCAAAAAGGAAAUUCCUUUUUUCGUUCCUAGCUCGAUCUUCUCGCUUUUUGUCCGUUACCUUUGUGACCCAUGAUGGGUUUUGAGGUCUUGGCUUUGGGUUCAAGCCCUCUGUCUUCAGCAGCUUUUUAUGGUCGCGCUUCUAGAAGAAGUAUCACAGAGAAACUAAGUUAGCCGAAGGUUGAAUGGGGCCUUAAGUUUUUUGAGUUAAAUUGGGUUCUAGAUCUGGUCUCCAGUGUCCAGUUCGUUAAGAAGAGAAGUACUUAACAGGUGUGCUUUGCUCAGGUCAUUAUCUGCAAUGAAUACUUUUGAAAACAAGGAUAAUGACUUGGAAACUGGUAAGUUAAUCAAAGAUGGAGAAAAGACAGCACGAAGUAGCAGAGUGCUUAAGAUACAUAAUCAAGCCUUAUUAUCUGGCUUCGCAUAUUGCAUUUCGUCAUGCAGCAUGAUACUCAUCAACAAGUUUGUGCUUUCCAGCUAUGAUUUUAAUGCCGGGAUAUCUUUGAUGCUUUACCAGAAUCUUAUUUCAGUGAUUAUUGUGUCUAUAUUGAGUUUUCUGGGCAUAAUAUCAACUGAACCACUAACAUGGAGAUUGGUUAAGGUUUGGUUUCCUGUGAAUGUUAUUUUCGUCGGGAUGCUCAUUACCAGCAUGUUUAGCUUGAAAUACAUUAAUGUUGCAAUGGUCACUGUCCUGAAGAAUGUUACUAACGUGAUAACUGCUCUUGGUGAAAUGUAUUUAUUCAGUAAGCAUCAUGACAGCAGAGUGUGGGCUGCUCUGUUCCUAAUGAUAAUUUCAGCCAUUUCCGGAGGGAUUACUGAUCUAUCUUUUCAUGCCGUUGGCUACGCAUGGCAGAUUAUUAACUGCUUCUUAACUGCAUCGUAUUCUCUGACUCUACGUAGGCUCAUGGAUACAGCAAAGCAAGUUACCAAAUCUGGAAAUCUGAAUGAGUUUUCAAUGGUCUUGCUUAAUAACACCCUAUCAUUGCCAUUAGGGAUUCUUCUAAUUUUUAUUUUCAAUGAGGUGGAUUACCUCACCAGAACGCCACUAUUGAGGUUGCCAACCUUCUGGUUUGUAAUGACAUUAAGUGGAGUUUUGGGACUAGCAAUCAGCUUCACUUCUAUGUGGUUUCUUCAUCAAACUGGGGCUACAACGUACAGCCUUGUGGGGUCGUUGAAUAAGAUCCCUCUGUCCAUUGCUGGCAUCCUUAUUUUCAAAGUUCCUACCAGCUUAGAAAACUCGGCAAGCAUAUUCUUCGGUCUCAUAGCUGGAGUAAUUUUUGCAAGGGCCAAAAUGCGGGAAAGAUCUCAAACCUGAAAAGUAGCAAAAGUUACAUAUCUUGUACAUGAUUACCUGGUUUUGCACUCUGGACUAAAUUGCACAGGAGAGCUGGACUAGUGUCAUGAAGUCAUUAGUGGUGCAGUUUCCCAUCAAAAGAGAGAAAAAGGAGUGAACAUGGAAUGAUCUUGGCUUAUUUGCAAGUGCUGUUCUGCUCGUUUUAUUUUAUUAUUUUCCUUGUUACAUGAGAGAAAUGCAUUCUCUUCUAUAGGGAUGGGUUGGGUUGGGUGUCUGGGUUUGUCACUUUGUUGUAUCAAGGGAAAAUGCUCACGCUAAUUCUUUCUUAUAUCUAUAUAUACAGUUACUAGUAA